AUGGCGGAAUCGUACGAAAUCCGCCUCACUGCUGAGAAAGGAUAUGGCGUCUUUGCGACGAAGGACAUCGAGGCGGGCACUGUGAUCUUGACUGACGCAAAGAUUAUGCGCAUUCGCAGCACUUGGUACAAACCGGCUCGAACGAGACACAUUCUAAAGGCAUUCAGCAAGCUCAGCCGACUCGACAAAGACCACUUCAUGAAAUUGCACGAUACAGAAUCGGAGAAAAAGACUGUUCGCGGCAUAUUUCACACCAAUAGCUUCGGUGAUGAGGAGACCAGCUGGGUGUAUCUAAGCAUCUCGCGCUUCAAUCACGCCUGCACGCCAAAUGCUGAUGUUGGGCUUGAUGGCAGCGAGCAAGAUUGUGUCCGAGCCACUGCUCUGAUCUCCGCUGGUGAUGGGAUCACCAUCAGCUACCGACCGGACAUAUGCGAGCUAUGGCCGCGAGCCCAGCGACGAAUGAUACUCGAGGAUUGGGGAUUCAUUUGCAGAUGUAGUGCUUGCGAUCGCACAGACUACGAAGUCAAGCUCAGCGAUGCACGUCGGAAGAUCGUAUGGGCUUUGUACUGGCGUAAGGACUUUAUUGAGCCUGUGGACUACAGCCUUUUUGAGGACUUCAGCUAUGACCAGUACGAAAGUGCGGUCAACCUAGUCCAGAGGGCUAGGACGAAGACCCCGACCGCCAAGACAAGCGUAGCUCAUCAUUUGCUACUAGCCUAUGCUCUUGAGGCUGAAGGCGUGGAGAAGGGUAUGUUUACCAACGCAUACCACAACGCGGCAGAAGCUCUCCUCCACGAUCUCAAACAGGUGAACGACAAUGUAUUUCUCUUGCAAUACGCACUGAACGUAAGAAGCUGGAUGCUCAAGGCCAUACAAUACUCCAGCGAUCACUACGGCCCACAUGACAUUCGGACAAAGCAUCUCCAGGAACAAUGGGGGAAAUACCGGCUAGUGCCUCAGCUGGAGCUCGUGCUGCACAUUGCAACCCUCCUAUACCUCGCAAAACUGCCCAAAAGUCGAGUAACAAUCGCAGAGCUCGUCAAAGGAUACCGCUGCGACAUGGCACAUGCACAAAUGGAACCGCCGGAAGACAUGCAGCAAGCUUCUGGUAUUUUCGCUUUGCGAUUUAUCCCAUCGCGAAACAAGGCGGCGAUCAAGCUGAUCAAUGAACGCGAAUGUAAGGAGAAUGUUCGGCAACAACACUUGAAUGGCCAAGCUCGAGCUCGUGCGAAGAACGCGAUGGAGAAAGUGAUGUGCGAGUGGAAGGGGGCAGUGUGUCAGAUGGCAGCCAGUGGAGAUUCGAGUAAAGGCGCGGGAACAUGA